CACGGCCCAGCCCCGGCGCCGCGAGGACUCUCAUGCGCCCGGCGCGGCGGCGCCUCCCCGGAUCCCAGCCUCUCCCGGCUGCCUUGUCGCGAUUCUCGGGCUGAGAACGCCGCUGCACCCGCGGCCGGCGAUGCUGGGUCCCCGCGCGGCACCGUCGCGCUCGCCUCUGGGCCUGUGUACCCUGGUGAUUGCGCUGCUGGGCGCACUGCCCGCGGGCGCCGGGGCGCAGCAGUAUCACGGCGAGAAGGGCAUCUCGGUGCCGGACCACGGCUUCUGCCAGCCCAUCUCCAUCCCGCUGUGCACGGACAUCGCCUACAACCAGACCAUCCUGCCCAACCUGCUGGGUCACACGAACCAAGAGGAUGCGGGCCUCGAGGUGCACCAGUUCUACCCGCUGGUGAAGGUGCAGUGUUCUCCCGAGCUGCGCUUCUUCCUGUGCUCCAUGUACGCACCCGUGUGUACCGUGCUUGAUAAGGCCAUCCCGCCGUGCCGCUCCCUGUGCGAGCGUGCCCGCCAGGGCUGUGAGGCGCUCAUGAACAAGUUCGGCUUCCAGUGGCCUGAGCGGCUGCGUUGCGAGAACUUCCCCGUGCACGGCGCCGGAGAGAUCUGCGUGGGCCAGAACACUUCGGACGGCUCCGGCAGCGCGGGCGGCGGCCCCACCGCCUAUCCCACCGCGCCCUACAUGCCCGACCUGCCCUUCACCGCGCUGCCUCCGGGGGCCGCUGACGGCAGGGGCCGCUCCGCCUUCCCCUUCUCUUGCCCACGCCAGCUCAAGGUACCCCCCUACCUCGGCUACCGUUUCCUGGGCGAGCGCGACUGCGGCGCCCCUUGCGAGCCGGGCCGCGCCAACGGCCUCAUGUACUUUAAGGAGGAGGAGAGGCGCUUCGCCCGCCUCUGGGUGGGCGUGUGGUCAGUGCUGUGCUGCGCCUCGACGCUCUUCACCGUGCUUACCUACCUAGUGGACAUGCGGCGCUUCAGCUACCCGGAGCGGCCCAUCAUCUUCCUAUCGGGCUGCUAUUUCAUGGUGGCCGUUGCGCACGUGGCCGGCUUCCUGUUGGAGGACCGCGCAGUGUGCGUGGAGCGCUUCUCAGACGACGGCUACCGCACGGUGGCGCAGGGCACCAAGAAGGAAGGCUGCACCAUCCUCUUCAUGGUGCUCUACUUCUUCGGCAUGGCCAGCUCCAUCUGGUGGGUCAUCCUGUCGCUCACCUGGUUCCUGGCGGCCGGCAUGAAGUGGGGCCACGAGGCCAUCGAGGCCAACUCGCAGUACUUCCACCUGGCCGCGUGGGCGGUGCCCGCUGUCAAGACCAUCACCAUCUUGGCCAUGGGCCAGGUGGACGGGGACCUGCUCAGCGGGGUGUGCUACGUGGGCCUGUCCAGCGUGGACGCACUGCGGGGUUUCGUGCUGGCGCCCCUGUUCGUCUACCUCUUCAUCGGCACGUCCUUCCUGCUGGCCGGCUUCGUGUCGCUGUUCCGCAUCCGCACCAUCAUGAAGCACGACGGCACCAAGACCGAGAAGCUGGAGAAGCUCAUGGUGCGCAUCGGCGUCUUCAGCGUGCUCUACACCGUGCCGGCCACCAUCGUUCUGGCCUGCUACUUCUACGAGCAGGCCUUCCGCGAACACUGGGAGCGCACCUGGCUCCUGCAGACGUGCAAGAGCUACGCGGUGCCCUGCCCGCCCGGCCACUUCCCGCCCAUGAGCCCCGACUUCACCGUCUUCAUGAUCAAGUACCUGAUGACCAUGAUCGUAGGCAUCACCACUGGUUUCUGGAUCUGGUCCGGCAAGACGCUGCAGUCGUGGCGCCGCUUCUACCACAGACUCAGCCACAGCAGCAAGGGGGAGACUGCGGUAUGAGCCCCGGCCCCUCCCCCACCCUUCCUUCUCCCACCCCCUAGCAGGGGGAAAGGCGCGGUCGGGGAAGAACUGCGGGGUAGCGGGGAGGCUUGCUUCUGUCACCUCCUCACGCUCCAGUGAGAAGUGACCUGGAAGUGAGAAGAUAUAUGUAGAGAUAUACGUGGGUUUGGAAAAGAGGCCUAAGUGGAAAGACGGUUUGGAUGAAAAGACUUCUGGCAAAGACUUGCAGGAUGAUGAUGACGAUGAUCAUGUUAAUCUUGUACGGUACGGACCGACCUGGGCCAAUCGAAAAGAUUGAGAUCAGAAGGUUGCUGUGAGUUCUUCCCGGCUCUGGGGCUGAACUGGGACUGUGACCGAUUCCCCUGCUGCAAGACAAGUGGCCUGUCCUCACUCCUGUGAGGCCCGGGUGAAAGGCACAGCUCUGUCUGCGGCGGCCGCUUUGUUGGGAAAAGGGAGGACUCCCUGCAGAGUCCUUGUUAAGCGGUGGUCAAACCGUAAUCUCUUUUCACUGGGGCCAUACUGGAGCCCAGAUGGGUUAAUUUCCAGGGUCAGACAUUACAGUCUCUCCUCCCCUGCCUCCUCCCGCCUGUCUUUCCUCCUCUACUCCUUUCAAGUCUUGUAAAGUAAGCAUUUUGAAGUCUUGGGAGGCCUGCCUCCUAGAAUCCUAAUGUGAGGAUGCAAAAGAAAUGAAGCUAACAUUUUGCAACGAGGGAAAGACGGCGAGUAGUAGGUAUUUCUACUACUUUUUUUCUUUUCUGGGGAAGGCAGGAGGAAGAAAGAAGGGUGUUUUAUUUCGUUUAAUACCCUGAAAAGAAGUGAUGACUUGUUGCUUUUCAAAACAGGAAUGCAUUUUUCCCCCUGUCUUUGUUGUAAGAGACAAAAGAGGAAACAAGUGUCUCCCUGUGGAAAGGAACAACUGUGAAGACAGCAACUUUUAUAGGCAAAGCAGCGCAAAUCUGAAGUUUCCUUUUGAAUGUUAAUUUGGUUGCGAUAAACAUUCCUUUUUAAGGAAAAGUGAAGGGCAGUGUGCUUCCAUACCCCUUUCCGUCAGAGGUUCUGCCUUGGCUAAAGGAAAUGCAAGGGGGUUUGUUGUGUUUGUUUUAAGUAAAUUUAAUUCAGAACACAUGAUCUAACAGCCUCUGUUAAAACGUUCAGGGAAAUCUCCCCCUUCAUUUUUUUGUCUUCCCAUAAACCUGCAUUUAGGUUUUUUUUUUUUUUCUAUUUUUUCACUCCAAUUUGAAUCCUUCAAGAUGAAAGGAGAAGCAUAAUGCCUUUAGCCUCAUAAUAAAGGAACGUUAAAUUUUAAAAAAUGUAAAAAAGCAUUUUGUUCUGUUUCCUUUGUUCCAUAAAUCCGUUUAUAAAAUAUCAUGUGUAUGCUGACCCUGUCUUUGUGUGGCCGGGUGGGAAGGUGACCUGCAGAAAUGACAGUGAGUGAAGCAGACAGUUCAAACCAUGGGCCCCAUUUUUAAGGAAAGUCAUUAAAAGAAGGUAAACUUCAAAGUAAUUCUGGAGUUCUUUGAAAUGUGCUGGAUGACUUAAAUUUAUUAAUCUUAAAUCAUGUACUUUUUUUUCCUAUAAUAGAACUCCAAUUCUUUUGCAUAAUGGGCUAAAGCUGAGCAGAGAAUCAUGGGAGCUAACCUUUGCUCCACCUUUGACACCACCCUCCAAUCUGGCAACACUAUCCUAUUUCUCAAAACAGUCUUUAAAUGCUGUUUUAAAUAGUUUUUAAAUCAUAGAGGGUACUGUCAGGAGUACAAGUUGCUUUAUAUAUGUAAUGUUAGGUUGAGUGGAGCUGCUUUUUAUAUUAAAGUUAACAUUGACCUUGUGUUCCUUAAACCUCCAAAACUGUCUGAUUUGUCAGAUUUUUAAAACUCCCACUACACAGUUUUUGGCAUCUUUUGUGUUGUAUCUCUUGCAUGUGAAAUUUGUAAAAUAGAGACAAGUGCAGUAUGUAUAUUUUGUAAAUCUCCCAUUUUUGUAAGAAAAUAUAUAUUGUAUUUAUACAUUUUUACUUUGGAUUUUUGUUUUGUUUUGCCUUUAAAAAUCUACAAGGAAGCCCCACUUUAUCACUUGUACAGAUCACAAAUAAAUUUUUUUUUUAAAUACAAAGUGAACGUAUAUUUAGUUUAUGGUUCCUAUGUAAGCCAAAGAACAGAAUGUUGUAUUAUGGAAAGAUGGUAUGGAGGGACGCCACUGUAUGUGUCUCUCAUAGAGGAAGGUGUUAUAUAUAUUAAGGUCUUUCUUUCUUGCCUUUUAAAACACAUAGUGUGAUGAAUGCCUUAACUGUCCUUUAUUUUUUUUCUGUUGUUGUUGCUUCCGGCCUCUCCACACCACCUUACCACACACACCACUAAGCUU